AUGAGAGAUCGGUCAGUCUCACCACCAGAAUCAAGGUACAUGGCUCCAAAGAGGACAACAUGUACCGAUUGUGCCCAGGAUCAAACCAGUAAUCCAAAAAAGCAGGAGGCUCACCAACAGGAGGACGUGACCUAUGUCUCAACAAUAUCAUCUAAUGAAAAAGGGUUAACAGGAGAAUUAAUCACAAUGAUGUUGUCUGAACCAACAUUCGAAGAUAUUGGAUUCAGGGUGAUUCAAAGACUGACAAAGAAGACAUUAACAAAAACCAUAAAUGCAACAUCAGGAAACGAAACACGGCUGACGCAAACUUACAUGUGGAACAUACGGGCAAAAGACAUAACUCUCAAAAGUUCUCAAAACAAAGAAGAAGGACCAUACAAACUCUAUUUUCGAAUGUCGACACCCGCACACGACAAAAUUUCUGCUAAAAAGAUUCGUAA